AAAUGACAGAACAAGUAAGCUUCAUUGAAUUCCCAUAGUUUAUCAUUCCGCACUCCGCUUUCCAAAUAUUAUCACAACCCACUCCCAACGGUGAAAAAGUGAAAACUGAAAGUAAUUCGAGCUAAAAGGGCUCGGUCUGUUUCUGUAUUUGUGUCGUAAGUAAACUUUUUAGUCUUGUUGUCUUUAAAAGAUCAAAUGGCGUGUUACAAAUCGUGUCAAGUGGUUCGAAACAGUAAAGAUUCAACUUGUUAAGCAGAAAAAUCAAGGAAGCUGUAGCCAAACUGUUACCUUAUUUGUCGGCGAUACUCGAAUUGCCGUUGUAGACCGUGCACACACAAUCAACUUUGCAUCGAUUCGCGUGACAGACGUGCAGAUUACAGAAAAUUUACUUAACCUUGAGAAACAUUAAUGUUGGGAUAUCCUCCUGACAGUUUGGGUGUAUAUCCCCCAAUGGAUGGGCUGGAUGAUCAACCAGUUCACCAUCCUAAUAAUUACGAUCUAGGUUCCAAUGAUUAUCUACCAAAAAAUAGUUUGAGAAGAGGACUGUCAGCUCGAUUUUCUAACAACCCUCUAUUUGGUACACCUAGCAGAAAGAAAAAUGACAAAUUUUCAUCCAGGAGGACAUCCAUCGGCAAUAUGACUAAUCUUGAAAACAACACAGUAAGUGAUGGGGUUGGAAAUCCUAAAAGGAGCAAUAGCAAGAGAACUGGAGGCUUCUUAUCCAAGGUCCUUCAACAGAUGUCAGUUCUGACAAUAAACCAUGCUAGCCAAAGAAAGAGGCGAAAAGCUGCUGAAGAAGAACAAGAAGAAGAUGAUACUAUACCAGUAGCUCCAAUUCCUCAGUCUGUAUCCCAUUCCAGUCAUCUAGAUCAUGCCAGUGGUAAUAAAUCAAAAACCAUCACCACCAGAAAGUGUAGCACCCUUCCAGCUAGGCUGGAUUACACUCCGGGAGUCAUCGGUUUACGCAAUCAUGGUAAUACCUGCUUUAUCAACGCGAUACUGCAGUGCCUCAAUCAUACAGACCUACUGGCGGAGUACUUUGUCACCGAUCAGUAUCAAUCUGAUUUGAACCGACGAAGCCGUCUGAACAUUCGCAAAUUCGGUGGAACUAAAGGUGAAAUCACAGAACAGUUGGCCGAGUUGCUCAAGGCCCUCUGGUCUAGUCAGUACGAACCGGAGAUGACUUUUAAGUUAAAGGCAGUUAUUGACAAGUAUGGAACGCAGUAUCGUGGAGCGGCUCAACAUGACGCUCAAGAAUUCCUGUUGUGGCUGCUCGAUAAAGUUCACGAAGACCUUAAUACAGCUACUAAGAAGAAGUACAAAAAAAUUAAGAAUUCGUAUGGACGACCAGACGAAAUAGUGGCCGCUGAAACUAUGGCCAACCACCUGCGGUGCAACUCCAGUUUUGUCCACCAGCUGUUUCAAGCGCAGUUCCGAUCCUCGCUUACCUGCCCCCAUUGUCAUAAGCAGAGUUCAACUUUUGAUCCUUUUCUAUGCGUUUCGUUACCAAUCCCUCGCAAGCGGACCCAAAACGUUUACGUGAAUGUCGUUUACCUCUGUCAGCAACCAAGACAAGUACGGAUUGGCUUGUGCAUGAACGGCCAAGCAGAUGUCAAAGAACUAAAGGAAGUUUUGUCAUCCGAUACGGGAAUAGAUUUCAAUCGAAUGUUGCUUACAGAAAUUGACGACCAAGGAUUUCUGCGCACUCAUAGUGAUAACCAACCAAUAUCGGUACUAAGAGAGACUGACCCACUUUAUUGUAUCGAAUUACCUGAUGUUAAAGAGCCAUGCGAGGAGGAUGGGGCAUUUCUGGUUCUAUGCUGGAUCAAUGUACUAGUUGACGAGCACAGUCAGGCCCGUAUAGGUAGCUGCUAUACUAUGCAAGUUGCCAGGGAAACUUCUUUCGAGGACCUUCAGAAGCUAUUGCUCAAAGAAAUGGCAUCAGUCGUCCAUCAUCAAGUUAUUUGCCAGAAACAAGAGGAACCUUUAUUCAAUAUUCGAGUCAUUGACGGUGUUUGCCGCUUCAUCGACUCUGAAGAAGGGGAAGAUGGCCCACUCUACCUAGACGCGGCUGUUGACCAUCCACUGUACACAGAGGCAGUCGACGCUGCCCUUAGUCUCUGCGAUCCAGAACAUGGCACCCCACUACAUGUAAAAAUUGUCCUUGAGUGGGACUCCGACAGCAAAGAAAAAGCAAUUGUUGAUGAUGAAGAUGUGAUUGAAGAACAUUCCAGUGUAGGCCAACUCAAGGCCACUAAUGAAGAAUGUACCUCAGUGACUUUGGAAGAGUGCUUUCAGCUGUACACUCAAGCGGAGCAGCUGGGUCCUGAGAACGCGUGGCAUUGUCCUUCUUGUAAUCGCAAGCAAGAAGUAGUCAAGCGGUUAGCCUUAUGGUCCUCACCUGAUAUUCUCAUCGUUCAUCUAAAACGCUUCAAGCAGUCGGCCAAACAGAGAACUAUGUCCAAAUUGUCGGUGAUGAUUGAUUUCCCGGUACAUGGGCUUGAUCUAACUAACCAUUUGGCGUCGCGAUCUCAUUCCUCCCAUUUGAACAGUCAGGAGAUUCAAAGUAAUAAUGGAUACAUCAAUCAAAAUCCUGGUGGAGUAGGAUGGCGUUCGCUUUGGUCACCUCUUAGGAUUCGUUCUUCCUUUCGGUCUUCAACCAACGCUUAUAACUCCCACAAUACCGAAUGCCUACCAAACAACCCGCCUAAUCGAAGAGUGCUGGAUGAACAUGUUUACGAUCUUUACGCAGUGUGCAAUCACCACGGAACUGGACUAGUUGGUGGCCAUUACACCGCUUAUUGUCGUAAUCCGACUGAUGGCAUGUGGUAUCUGUUUGACGAUGCGCAUGUUUCGCGGGUCAAAGAAUCAGAAAUCGUGACUACAUCUGCUUACAUACUUUUCUAUCAACGACGCAGCCUCUCAAUGUCAUCGGGCUCGAGCGAGGCGUCUAGUAGUAGCAGUUCUGGCUCUGAACAUUGGGCCUUUCGUUUACCUCGUGGAGAGGCACGCACUCAGCACUCCGCUUCUAAUUCAAGGAGGGGUUCUACCGAUAAUUUUAGUCGUAAAGAUCGACUGUAUUCAACACUUCCAGCUAACAGUGUUGGCCGAGGAGUAAGGGGCGCUAGCCUUGCUAGAAAUGAAGAAAUUACUGACUGGUCUGAUGAUGAAGCUGUUGCCUUGAACGGAGAUUGGGGUACACCAGAAGCUCCCCGUCGCAAUGAAAUCUCUCAGACACAACGUUGAAUAGAUAACGCUCGCCAGAAGCAACCUCCCGUUGAUUUCGCCAACAUGACGACCACUUGUUAUUCAUGUCUCAUGACCGUGUACCUCUUGUAAGUUGACGAUUGCCCUAGUCUUUAACUGUCUCUCUAUCCAUAUAAAGUUUGAAAAAAAAAAUACAGCACCCGAGGCCUUUUGGUUAUUUUUCUUGA